UCUUUGAGCUGAGAAAAAGAAAGGAUUGAGCUGGAACGAGAAAGAGAAGUAGAACUGGAAAGGGAGAGAGAGCUAGAGAGGGAGACAGAGACAAAAAAUGGAAUGGGAGAGACAAAGAGAAAAGAUGUAGAGAGAGAGGAUGGGAGAGACAGAUGGAGAAGAAGACAAGGGGCCCCAUAUUUCCCACUGUGAUCACCUGAAGGGACCUCCAGGUGAAAAUGGAAAACCAGGCCCUAAGGGAGACAGUAUCCCAGGAGAACCAGGUGACAGAGGAAUUCCUGGGGUCGCAGGGGUGACAAAGGUGUGCCUGGUCACAGAGGAGACAAGGGUGAACGUGGGCUUCCAGGAUUUGUUGGAGAUAAAGGAGAGAAGGUUGAAGAUGGUCCACCUGGUGCAAAGGGGGCUGAAGGGUGAGGCUGGUAUUAAAGGAGGCAUGGGGCCUUUUGGCACACGCGGUCCAGUAGGACAAAUGGGAGAUCCAGGAGAGCCAGGCGCCAAUGGGGAAAAGGGUCGUAAUGGAGAACAUGGACUGGAUGGUGAGAAAGGUGAUAAAGGAGACAUGGGCCUGCAGGGCCGAAAGGUGAGACAGGAGAGCCUGGUUUACCUGGAGAUACAGGAAUUAAAGGUGAGAAGGGCUUUAGAGGUUUCCCUGGUCGAAUAGGGAGUCCAGGACUGGAUGAGAACAGG